AUUUGGUUAGAGAGAUUCAAUCAGCAAACGAGGGUAUUGGCGAUAUAAAACAGGGAAUCAGUUGUGAGGUCAAACGUAAAUGGUAUCGAGCAUUAAGAUUUACCGAUUUAUUUAUUCAAAGUCAUAAAUUCGCAAGUUUGGAGCAGUCUAUUUACAAAAUUCCAUUUCGUCAAAAUAAUGAAUUUUUGUGGGGCCUAUGUGAGAGACUUGAACGAGUGGUAGCAGAUUCCGAACUGGAUAAUGAUAUUCGCAAAGGUGCUAUGAACUUUUUAAAUAAUAUUUGUCAGGACAAAGACUUUUGGGGAACCCAUCCAGAGCUAAAUAAAUGGAUCUUGAAACGUAUAAGAUCAAUGUCUUUAUCAAAAUGUGGACAAGCUUCUACUUCAUUGUUUCCAACAACACUACUAAACGAAGUCUUACCAAUUAUGCAGGCAAUAAAGUCUAUGCAAAUCACUCAGCAGCAUGACUUGAAAAAAAGUAGAAAAGAUUUAUUAAGUGGAUUAAAAGACCAAUUCUUUUCAGAUGCAGAUGAAGAAUUUAAAGAAGCCUUAGAACUGUAUGUCAAACCACAAGGAAUAUGGUAUGUACCGAUUAUAAAAUCAUCAGAUUCUGGAAAAAAAAUGGGGUUUGAAUGCAGAGAGGGUGAUGUAGAAAAAGUAGUCAAUAGAUUUUUAGAAUCAAAAGAUAAACUGACCGCAAAUGAUAAAGAAGCUUUAGAGGUAGCUGUUAAUAAACUUUCGAAUUCAAAGGAUAUAACUUCUAUAAUUAAGGCAGUUAAUAGCUUUUUUGCUCCUGAAAAUAAAUUAACUUUGGAAGAUGAAAGUGUCCUGAAAAAAGUAGUCAAACAAUUUUUGGAUUUAAAAGUUAAUAAGGCACUAGAGCUUCAGGAAAAAAUAGCCAAUAAAUUUUUGCAUACUUCAAUAAUUAAAAAACAAUUACUAAUAGAAGUAAUCAAUAAUGUUUUGAAGGAAAAUCCGAUAACCAUUGAGGAUGAGGAUGUAAAAUUUCUAGAGACAGAAUUAAAUAAAUCUUCAAACUUAAAUGAUAAAAGUAUUUUUGAAAGUGCAGUAAAUAAGUUUCUAUCUUCUAAAGCAUCUAAAGCCAAGAAAAAUUUGGAAAUUACUGUUAAUGAAAUAGUGGCUUCAAAAUGUAAAAAAGUACUAUUGAUAUUGGGUCUGGGGGGUACGGGUAAAUCGACUUUUGGCCGCUAUCUUACUCGUCGCCUAUGGCAAGAAUAUGACCAGUUGAAAAUAUUGCAAUCACCUAUUCCUUUAUUUAUACCAUUAACGCGUCUAAAAGAAGGAAUUUUUAAUAGAAAUGAAGAUUUUAUUGAACUUUAUUUAAAAGAAGAAUGCAAAUUAUCUCUAGAUAAAAUUAAUGUUUUACGAGAAAUAAAGUUUAUAUUUAUUUUAGAUGGUUAUGAUGAGAUUGUUGAACGUGAACGUCAUUGCUACAUUCAAAAUAAAUUUUGUAAAUGGAGAAAUGCAAAAAUUAUUAUAAGUUGUCGACCAGAAUACUUAGGCUCAGGUUACCAAAAGAGAUUCUUUCCCAACAAUAGAGAAAAGGGAUUUCAGGAAUUGACAAUUAAGACAUUUUCUGAGAAUGAAGUAAACCAAUAUAUCAUAAAAUAUGCUCAGAAAAAAGGUCAUUUGUUAAAUUUGAGCGAAGACAUAUGCUUACAUCAAAUAAAAAAGAUACCAGAAGAGUUAGUUUGCAAUCCAAUUCUAUUAAAGAUUUCCUUAAGUAUCUUACCACGCAUUAUAGAACAUGAACGGAUGACUCGAAUAAAUCGUAUAAUUUUAUAUGAUGAAUUUUUAAAAACAUGGUUUGAUCGUGCACAAGAACGUCUGCAUAAAAUUCAAAUGACAGUUGAAGAAAGGAACAUAUUUAGAAAAUUAGAUAGUGAUGACUUUUCAGAAUCUUGCCUACAAUUUAGUAAGGAAUUCGCUAUUAAAAUGUUUACGGAUGAUAAUAAG